AUGCAGAGAUUUAAGUCUUUUACGAAGCAGAUAAACCGACGCUCUACGACAGAUACGGUCGAAAAUUGCGAGAUUUUACCUGAUUCGUCAAUGCAACCAGGAACCACCACGGUAAUAGCGCAAGACAAACCAUCUGAAUCAUCAUUCCCAGAUGGGGUUGAAAUUUUAUACAAUGCUCCCCAGGCGGAACUUGAUAUUUGCUUUCUUCAUGGAUUGACUGGAGACCGGCGGAAGACAUGGACGCCUCAUGGACAGGAGGAGCCUUGGCCGAAAACAUUGCUGCCGGCCUUUAUCAGCAAAGCCCGAAUUUUAACGUACGGGUAUGACGCUUAUGCAUUGCGAAAAUCUGUCGCUUCAAAUAACCGAGUAAUCGACCAUGCUACGAACCUUUUGCAUGACCUGACGACUGAUAGGGCGUCUUGCAAUGCCUCAUCAAGACCUAUAAUAUUCGUGGCUCAUAGCCUCGGCGGCCUGGUGUGCAAGAAGGCACUUCUUCUAUCUCGAAAUAAUCCUGAAUCCCAUCUCCAAGAGAUUUUUGAUUCCACAAAGGGCGUCAUUUUUAUGGGCACGCCCCAUGAUGGGUCUCGGAUGGCUAAUUGGACGAAGAUACCCGCUGCAGCUCUGGGAUUUGUGAAGUCUAGUAACAAAUCAUUGCUUGAUGUUCUGGAAACCAAGAAUCAACUUCUUGAAUCUCUCCAGAUUGAAUUUCUGGAGAUGGUACGGAAUUUGCAAGGAAGCGGUCGAAGCUUUGAAGUGACUUGUUUUUUCGAAGAGCUUCCUUUGUCUACAUUUGGAAAGGUAGUACCCAAAGAGUCGGCAGUUCUGUAUGGAUAUAAUUCAAUCAGUAUUCAUGCAAACCACAGUGAAAUGGUGAAAUUUGAAUCAUCUGAAGCAACUGGGUUCAAAAGAUUGCUGGGGGAGCUUCAGAGAUGGAGCUCGCAACUGAGGUAUGGUGCUAAAAAGUUUUAUCGUCCGUCAGCAUGCUUUCUAAUUAUCAAAUGCAGUACUACGAAUCUGUCUCCCUCUUCAAACUCUUCGUCUUUGCCGGAAGAAGAUAUAUCCAAAUUCACGUUUCGAAAUUCUGGAGAAGGAACAAUGAACGUUAACUCAGGCCCUGGUACUCAGAAUAGUAACAGUGGUGCUGGGUAUCAGUUUAACGGCACGGUUAACGGUCUUUCGCUAUCCUAG